UUUGAAGCUGCCCUAAAACAAUGCACACAAAAGAUUGUCUAUCCCUCCCAGGGGGGUAUCGAACUACCAGAGCACCAACUCCUUCUCCAUUCGAGCGUAUCUCUGAUUUCGAUCCGAGAUCUCAAUGCUUCAAACGUGUCAAGCCUGGUUCGCAUACCUGGAAUAGUUAUUGGUGCAUCAACGAUCUCAUCCAAAGCCACUGUUGUCCACAUUCAAUGCCGGCAUUGCCAGGAGCCCGAUAACAUUAUAGUGGAAGGUGGAUUCUCAGGUCUGACCUUGCCUCGUACAUGCAAACGGAUGAGGCAACCGAACGAAGACAAAUGUCCGAUUGACCCCUACUUCAUCGUACACGAGAAGUGCCAGUUUGUGGACCAACAAAUUAUCAAACUCCAAGAAGCCCCAGACCAGGUUCCGGUGGGAGAGCUACCACGGCAUAUCUUAAUUUCGGCAGAUAGAUACCUUGCCAAUCGAGUGGUUCCUGGUACACGGUGUACGGUCAUGGGUGUUUUCUCGAUUUACCAAGCAAAAGGAGGCAAGAAAUCCAACGAUUCAGCACCUGCUAUACGAAAUCCGUAUCUUCGAGCAGUCGGUAUCACGAGUGACGUUGAUCAGACUGCCAAGGGGGCCGGAGUAUUUACUGAGGAGGAAGAGCAAGAGUUUCUGGAGAUGAGCAGACGGCCUGAUUUAUAUGAAGUAUUUACCGAUUGUAUUGCACCGUCAAUUUACGGGAAUCGAGAUAUCAAAAAGGCGAUCGCAUGUCUGCUCAUGGGUGGUUCAAAAAAGAUACUCCCCGAUGGUAUGAAGCUACGUGGUGAUAUAAAUGUUCUCCUCCUUGGUGACCCAGGUACGGCCAAAUCACAGCUGUUGAAGUUCGUCGAGAGAGUGUCGCCAAUUGCCAUUUACACAUCCGGCAAAGGAUCCUCAGCCGCUGGUCUUACUGCAUCGGUACAGCGUGAUGCGACCACUCGUGAGUUUUAUCUAGAAGGUGGUGCGAUGGUGCUCGCUGAUGGAGGCGUUGUUUGCAUUGAUGAGUUCGAUAAGAUGAGGGAUGAAGAUAGAGUUGCGAUACACGAAGCGAUGGAGCAGCAGACAAUAUCCAUUGCCAAAGCAGGAAUCACGACCAUCUUGAACGCGAGGACAUCAGUCCUGGCUGCAGCGAACCCCGUGUUCGGCCGAUAUGACGACAUGAAGACAGCUGGGGAGAACAUUGACUUCCAGACUACCAUCCUCUCUCGAUUUGAUAUGAUUUUCAUUGUGCGUGACGCACACGAGAGAGGGCGAGACCAGACCAUGGCCAAACAUAUUAUUAGCAUCCACCAGGGAGGGCGAGGGAUUGAGGAGCAAGCCGAGGCAGAGAUACCUAUUGAAAAGAUGAAGAGCCGUUGUGCUCCAAGGCUCUCUCCAGAAGCCUCGGAGAAACUCUCGUCACACUUCGUCUCCAUCCGUAAAAGGGUGCAUCAAGCUGAGCUUGACGCUAAUGCAAGGUCGUCUAUACCAAUCACAGUCCGUCAGCUUGAGGCUGUGAUACGUAUCACCGAAUCCCUAGCCAAAUUGUCGCUUUCUCCAGUAGCGACGGAGGAGCACGUCGACGAAGCCGUACGAUUGUUCCUGGCCUCGACCAUGGACGCCGCUGUACAUGGAGACGGCCAGGCAAGCAAGGAACUAUCGGCAGAGGUAAGCAAGAUCGAAGACGAACUCAAGAGACGAUUGCCUAUUGGAUGGACUACAAGCCUGGCUACCCUGCGGCGCGAAUUUGUGGAUGGCCGUAAUUAUAACGAACAGGCAUUAAAUCGAGCCUUAUUGGUUCUGCAGAGAAGAGACAGUAUACAGUUCAGAGCAGGGGGUGGUCAGAUCUAUAGAAGCGGGCCUUAG